AUGACUGAGUCUCAAAAUCAGCAGAACGGCCAGAUUAGUGCCGAUGAGAUCGCUCUAUAUGAUCGUCAAAUCCGACUAUGGGGCAUACAAGCCCAAGAGAAAAUUCGCUCGGCCAACAUUCUCUUAAUUACUGUCAAAGCUCUUGCAAAUGAAGUCGCCAAGAACUUGGUCCUAGCAGGUAUCGGAUCCUUAACCAUCAUCGACCACGAACCGGUGACAGAGAACGACCUGGAGGGACAAUUUUUUUUGGAGGAGGCAUACCGGGACGAAGAACUUGUCAAAGAAGGGAAAAACCGUGCCGAAGUUGCCGGUCCUCAAAUCAAGCGCAUGAACCCACGAGUCAAGCUCACCAUUGACACCGACGACGUCCGAACCAAGCAACCAGACUUCUUCGCUCAAUUCGAUAUUACAAUUGCGACGGAACUGGAUUUCAACACCAACGCAACUAUCAACGCAGCCUGUCGCCUUGCAAACCGCCCUUUCUACGCCGCCGGUCUUCAUGGCUUCUACGGCUACGUCUUCGCUGAUUUGAUCUCUCACGACUUUGUGAUCGAGCGCGAAAAGUCCAACGUCUCCCCAGUGACCCAGGAAACCCCCACCCGCAGCAUCGUCAACGUGACCACCAAAACAAAAGACCAAAAGACAGACAAGAAAAUCGAACUAGUCACCAAGCGCGAAACCUACUCCCCGCUCAUCCUGGCAAAUACUUCACCCCUUCCAGAAGAGUUUACUCGUCUUCCUCGCCGCCGCAAACAAGUCACGCCCCUUCUUAGCUGUCUGCGCGCACUAUGGGAAUUUGAAAAGAUGUCCGGCGGCCGCCGCCCCACAUUCAACCACGCUGAUCUGGAACUCUUCACCAAGAUCGCACGUGAAAGCCACCAAGAAUUGCAAUUGGAUAUGGCUUCAUUGGACUCCGUCUUCCUGCGCACGUUCCUCCAGAACCUAGGCAGCGAGUUGAGUCCUAUCGCCGCUUUCCUCGGUGGCGCAUUGGCUCAGGAUGUGAUUAAUGUUCUUUCGGCACGAGAACAACCAUUGCAGAACAUGCUUCUCUUUGAUGGUGACAAGAACGUUGGUCCUAUCUAUCCUCUGCAUCCGUUCUUCCCCGCCGAGAUGGGUGUGGAGUCUUUGGGAGCUGUCCCACCGAUUGCCAAUCCCAUUCCAUUGGGGCAGCCACAGCAGUCUACGAUUCCGUUACGUAUGGAUGGUAUGCCUACUACCAAUGCAUAA